CACAGCUGUUAAAAUAGCGCCGCGUUUUGUUAAUCGCUUUUGUGUUCAAUACUAUUUUUGUUAAAUUUAUUAAAUCAACAAAAUAAGUGAAACAUGACUGCCGUACCACCGCCUUCAAAUGUCUCAACUCUAUUACCACUUGAACUUGUGGACAAAUGUAUUGGCUCUCGCAUACAUAUUAUAAUGAAGAAUGAUAAAGAGAUGGUUGGCACAUUAUUGGGAUUUGAUGAUUUCGUAAAUAUGUUAUUGGAUGAUGUGACAGAGUACGAAAAUACGCCAGAAGGUAGACGUAUAACUAAACUCGAUCAAAUUCUACUCAAUGGCAAUAACAUAACCAUGUUAGUGCCCGGCGGCGAUAUACCGGAAUAAAGUGACGUGUGGUAGAAAAAUUAAACAUAUUUAGAGUUUUAACUUUAGCAUUAAGUAUCUACUAUUGAAUACAUUUUCGAAGCUAUACAA